AGGGCUGCUGUGGUGUCGCGCGUGCUCCGCUCCGAAGUUCAAGUUCAAGUCCAACCUAGUGAAUUCCGGCGGUUGAGACGAUGAAAAAGACGAAGAUAUUUCGAAAUGCAUCCCUGCAGUCGAGCAGGGAGAAUUCGCCGCACAGGUCCAAUUCAUCUUUGCCGAGUCCGAGUCCGAGUCCGAUUCCGAAUAGAAGCAGUGCCAACAAUGUGAAUCCCAACGACAAUUACUUGUUGGAGUCGAUACCAUCGAUAUCACCGACCCAUUCGCAGAUGACACCGUUGUUAAGUCCAAGCGAUCACUCGUACAACAUUCAAAUGUUACCGAGGAUCCCAAGAUAUUUACCGCAGGAACCGGGUACCUCUGCUGGAUCUGGAAACUUCUUCAAUUUCAAUGUGCAGUCGACGAAACCAAGGGGAAGAAAAUAUACUGAAGAAAAGUACCAGAACACGGUUACAGAUUCCAUACCGAGUCUGGAGUAUAGUUCGACCAAAAAAUAUCCCAACGGCGACUACCAAGAUAUCGAAUACAAAAUUUGCAGUUCCACCGAUACCGAGUCAUACGGUUCAACGUCUAAGGAGAAGUUGCGCAGCAAUAGUCAGACGAAUCCUGUGUACGAGCAAAGAUACGGAUCGCACAGGUCCAUGAGCGAAUCCAGGUGCAAGUCACGUAGUGCAUCGCGACACAGGAAAUCCACAUCUAAUCUCACCGACAGCACUGACGAGGCGGUUACCACCUCAACUUUACUCAGAAAAUCCUGCUCUCCAGGACGGAGGAGGUCCGGCAAGAAGGGUCUGGCAUAUUUAGCAUCCAGACGCGGGUCACGAGAUUCAGUUGUGUCCCGAGAUACAUCAAACGAUCCUAAUGUCUCUGAAGAAGUAAUUGCUCCACUUAAUUUCCAUAAUACGAACAGGGGACGACAGAGACGGACUUCUAACUUCUUGGAACUACCGGUUCCAGAUCAUGAAAGGCCGAGGGUUAGUUCGCUUCCCGAGAAGGCGUUCAAUCCGAGAGACAACGAAGACCUCUACAAGCUUCGUACAUUCAGCAUCACCGAUAAGGGAAAUGUCGUCAGUCGCGGGGAUUCAAUAAUCAGCCGUCGUUCCAGGUCAAAUACGAGUGUCAAUUCGUCAGUAAGCAGGCCGAGCAACCGUGGUGGAGAUUCUUGCUGUGGAUCUGCUAGUCACACAAUAGAUUCAAGUUCGUUUGAAACACCUGAAGAAGUCGCAUCACCGAAUUACAGAGUGGUAUUACUCGGUGAUGUAGGAGUUGGGAAAACAUCACUCGUCACCCAGUUCAUGACCUCUGAGUACAUGAAUGGAUACGAUGCAAGUUUAGAUGAUGACUUUGGUGAGCGAAGUGUAUCAAUUUUAUUGGACGGAGAGGAAUCCGAAAUGACCUUCAUCGAUCAUCCGACGACAGAAAUGUCGGUGGAAAAUUGUUUGAGCACGUACGAACCACAUGCGUGCAUCGUGGUCUACUCUAUCGUGUCCAAACUCAGUUUCGACUAUGCCGAGGAAACACUGGAUUACUUGUGGCAGGAAGACUACAUCCAGGAGAAGAGCGUUGUUAUUGUUGGAAACAAAGCCGAUCUGGUCAGGUCGAGGGUUAUUACAGUGGAAGAUGGAAAGAUUCUUGCUGUUACUCGGUCAUGUAAAUUUAUUGAAACAUCCAGCGGUAUACAGCAUAAUGUGGAUGAGUUGCUCGUCGGCGUCCUCAAGCAAAUAAGAUUAAGGGAAGACCGAGACAGGAAGAACGCAAUAGCAGGCGGUAAGAACAAAUAUAAAUUGUACGGCUCUAGCAUUAAUAUGAACGUCGCUCGCGAUGUCCUCCACAAACUAUGUUUAAAGGACACCAAAAGAUCAAAAUCAAAAUCCUGUCAAAAUUUGCACGUGCUCUAAACUAAAACAAAUAAGUCAUAAAUUCUACCACUUUUAUAUGUUUUGUAUUGCAAAUAUGAAUAUAUACAUUUUCUCAAUAUAUAUGUAAUACAUUGAUCAAUAUAAACUAGUAACAAACACUAGUAACAUGUAUGCUCAAAUAUGUAUUAGCAUAUUUGAUCAUUAAAAUCGGUUUAUAUGCACAAGUGGAAACUAAUUUGAGUCAUGUUGGAUAAGCACAUAUUGCAGUCCAGCUUCCAAUUUAUAUUACAACUAGUUUGUAUUGAUCAAUGCCUCCA